AUGUUCUCGGCAGCGUCUUUCGCCAACGGGGCGGGGCAUGGCACCCACACGCCAUUGCCAAAGGUGCCUUCUAGCGAAGACUACGGCUCAGACCCUGAGGUCUGGGACUUAAUUGUCGUUGGAGCCGGUGUAGCGGGCUCGGCGCUGGCGUUCGGGCAGGCAAAGGACGGCCGCCGCGUGCUGCUGCUGGAGCGGGACUUUAGCCAGCCCGACCGCAUCGUCGGGGAGCUGCUGCAGCCGGGCGGCUACCUCAUGCUCAAGCGCAUGGGCCUGGAGGACUGCACUGAUGGCAUCGACAGCCAGAGGGACAGCUGGCGGCUGACGAGGCGCCUGCAGCGGCGCAGUCCGGACGGCGCCGGCGCCGCCUGCGGCGCCGCGGCCCCGCUGCCCCUGCUGCCACAAGGCUGCAGACAGCCUGCGCGCCACCAGCAGGAGGUGUACGGCUAUGCGUUGUAUAAGAACGGCCGCUAUGCAUGCAUCAAGUAUCCAAUGGAGGGCCUUGGGCCCGACGUCGCCGGCCGCAGCUUCCACCACGGCCGCUUCGUACAGCAGCUGCGGUACGCGGCGGCGGGCACGGUCGGCGUCACCGCGCGCGAGGCGACGGUGCGGCGGCUGCUGAACGACGCGCGCUGCCACCCAUCGCCUUUCGUCGCCGCCGCAGACCGCGGCCUGGACUGGUCCGAGGGGGAGCCCGUGAGCGGCGUGCAGUACAAGACCGGCGACGGGGAGGUCCGCACCGCGCGCGCACACCUCACGGUGGUGUGCGACGGCAUGUACUCACAGUUCAGGAAGCAGCUGGCGGACCCGGACAUCAAGCACCCCUCCUAUUUUGUCGGCCUGCUGCUCAAGGGCGUCUCCCUGCCCUUCCCCAACCACGGGCACGUCGUGCUCGCCAAGCCCAGCCCCAUCCUAUUCUACCCUAUCAGCUCUACAGAGGUGCGCUGCCUCGUGGACGUCCCCGGCGCGAAGUUGCCUGCCGACCUGCCCGGCUACCUCCGCACCCACGUGGCGCCCGAGGUGCCUCCGGAGCUGCGGUCGGCGUUUUUGGAUUCCCUCGAUGGCGCCACGAUCCGCACCAUGCAGAACAAGCAGCUCACGUCGAAGCCCCUGCACCAGCCGGGUGCCCUGCUGCUGGGCGACGCCUUCAACAUGCGCCACCCCCUCACCGGCGGCGGCAUGACCGUGGCGCUGUCGGACACGCGGCUGCUCUGCGAGAUGCUGCGGCCGCUGCCGGACUUCCAGGACGCGAUCGCGACCGCGGGGCGGACCGCGGAGUUUUACACCGCGCGGAAGCCGCUGUCGGCGACGAUCAACACGCUCGCCAACGCCUUGUACAAGGUGUUCUGCGCCACGGGGGACCCUGCCCAGGAGGAGAUGCGCUCCGCCUGCUUCGACUACCUCACCCUCGGCGGCAUCUACUCAGAGGGCCCGAUCUCCCUCCUCUCGGGCCUCAAUCCCAGCCCCUCAAACCUCGUGAUGCACUUCUUCAUGGUGGCGCUCUACGGCGUCGGCCGCCUGCUGCUGCCGCGGCCGACGCUGCGGGGGCUGUACAUGGCCGUCGCCCUGCUGCUCAGCGCCUCUAAGAUCAUCCUGCCGAUCCUCUGGUCGGAGGGCCUGCGGGCCGUGUUCCUGCCGGCUCUCGCGCCCAAGCCGCUGGAGGGGAUCCGCAAGGUCGCGCUCAGCCGCAGCGUCAGCUCUCGCAGCCUCGGGUUCGGCGCGUGA